UUUGUAGGUCUCUGGAUAUCUUAAGCAUAGCGGUCUGUGUGCAUGACUUUCAGUAUUUUUGUGUAAAUCAACUUUAUUUAUUAACUAAAGAUGUUUCUGACACGCUCAGAGUACGACCGUGGAGUCAACACUUUUUCGCCUGAAGGAAGGUUAUUUCAGGUUGAAUAUGCUAUUGAAGCUAUAAAAUUGGGGUCAACAGCUCUUGGCAUUUGUACUUCAGAAGGAGUUGUUCUAGCCGUGGAGAAGAGAAUAACAUCGCCACUCUUAGAACUAACUACGAUAGAAAAAAUUGUUGAAGUCGACAAGCAUAUUGCUUGUGCAGUUAGUGGCCUUAUCGCUGACUCCAGGACACUUGUGGACAGAGCCAGAGUCGAGUGCCAGAACCACUGGUUCGUCUACGAUGAGAGGAUGGGUGUGGAGUCGGUGGCACAGGCCGUUUCCAACCUGGCCAUACAGUUUGGUGAUUCAGACGAAGACGGUGCUGCCAUGAGUCGGCCGUUUGGUGUGGCUAUGCUGUUUGCUGGUAUAGACGAGAAAGGACCUCAGCUGUUUCACAUGGAUCCCUCCGGUACGUUUGUUCAGUUUGACGCCAAAGCCAUCGGCUCAGGCAGUGAGGGCGCCCAACAGAGUCUACAAGAGGUCUACCACAAGUCCAUGACUCUGAAGGAGGCGAUCAACUCGGUGCUGACUAUUCUCAAACAAGUGAUGGAGGAGAAACUCAACUCAACCAAUGUAGAAGUUGUGACCGUUACGCCCGACAAAUUGUUCCACAUGUUUACGAAGGAGGAAGUUGAACAGGCUCUAGAAUCUGUCGCACCUCUCAUCAAAGAUGAACCUGGCGCUAGUGGUGUUGUGACUUCACAGGCUAAACUUUAAAGUGCUGUUUUAAGAUUUGUUUACUAUCUUUUCUAUUUAUAAGGCUUAAAAAAUUAAAUGAAUAUUCGUACA